AUGUGCGAGGUUGCACUUCAGCAUGAAGGAAAGAUUGACGGAUUCUGCAAAGCCUACUGGGAUGACCUUAAAGACGACUUCCUCUCCCCUUUGGACUGGCAGAAGAUUCGAACGGUCCAGACGUUUUUGGCACCAUUCCAGGAGGCAACUCUAUAUUGCCAAGGACACAAUGCGACAAUCGACUUUGUGCUCUUUACUAUGGAUGUACUAAUUAGGCACCUUGAAGGAGCUCUGUCUGAAUUCAAGGCUGACAAGGAGCUCUGUUCACGGAUUCAGAGCAGCUGGGAGACCCUUGAUAAGUAUUACAGCAAGACAGACGACUCUCCUCUCUAUGCUGCUGGUAUUAUACUUAAUCCAGAUUUUCGUACAAAGUACAUCCAAAGCAACUGGAAAGCAUCCUGGCAAAAGAAAGCGAUUAGCAACGUCAGGGAGCUUUGGCGGAGCUAUCGGGAUAGCAAUCUUGGUGCUAUGCCAUCGUACGAAGCCGAAGCCAGUCCAGAGACCCGAGAGAGCCAGUAUCCGCAUUCAACAGGAUCGCGCGAGGCCUAA